AUGAAACGACUAAGGGGAGAUUUGCUGGGUGAUGAAAAUUUAAUAAAAAAGAGAAAACAGUCGCAUACUCGUUUUACGCCGUUUAAGCCUAUCAAAUUACCGGAGGCAUGGAAAUAUGAAUGUCGAAAAAUGCAAGAAUCGAUACGUUAUGCGUUAUCAAAUUGUCAAUAUAGUGAUCCAGAAAGAAAAGAGCGACUUUUUUUAGCUGUUAUGGAUGCUCUUAGUGGUAAAAAAACGAUUAAAGGAGCUGCUAUCACUCACAAUGUAGUGAUACCUUGCACUACUCUCCAAGUAUAUUUUCAUCGUUCUCGUUUGCAUAUGGAGAAAUUAAUGAAUGAUCAUGAUAGUGGUAUUGCCGAGCAGAUUGAAAUACCCGUUUCGUUAAGUUUAUUCGGUUCAUUGGUACAUGAUGAUUCGUCAGCAAAUGAAAUUGUUGCGCCAAGGGAAAAUUUGGCUCUGAGUUCAGUCAGCGUAGAUUCUUGUGAAUGCCUUAUUAACAAAGCUUCAUGCUCAAAAUCACUGGUCAGAACAAUCACAGGUUCAAAAAAGCGCAAGCCGAAAUCAGUUCAUCGAUUCAUACCUGAACCGUAUUUCUGCUUAGAUCCAGAGACCGAAAAACAGAAUUAUGAUGAAUUUUUUGAUACUUCUAAAAACAUUUAUUUAAUCCAUAUGUCAAUAGGAGACAAUUUGCGUCAGUUAAGAAUUCCGAACAAAUCAUCGGAGCAAAUAUUUGCGCCAGAAGCAUCAUCGCUUGAUAACAAUGAUUUAAAUUCAAGGCGAACUCAAAACAAUAGUCCCUAUAUUCGUAAUGCGAUAGCUGCUGUUUUGAGUUUUAGUAAUGCGCCAAAUGAUGUUAAAAAUCGAUUGAAAUGGGCAAUAAUGGACAUUCAACGUAAAAAACUUACGAUUGAGCAAGCUUGCUAUCAAUACCAUCUUCUGAAUGACUGUUUAAUUGCGUAUAAUCAAAUGGUUGAAAAAAUUGUUGAUGAAAAAGAUAAAUCAGGACAAUCUUGUGGUAACAAUCUCGAAGAGGAUUGCAGAAUCAUUCAGUGGUCAAAAUUCAAAAUCGCUGACAAGAACAGAUGUGAAGUCGGAUUACCACUAGAUCCCAAAGAUCAUGAGCGCAAAGAAAAAAUUGAGAAUUGUGUGGCAUCUGUUUGCCAAGCAUCAGUUUAUCCAAUGAAGAUGAAAGUGAUAUGUGGUGAACAAACAAUCAGUGCAGCUGCAUAUUUGAAUCAUUUGCCUAUAUCAACCGUAUAUACAUAUGUCAGUCGUGCUCGUAUAGCUCUUAGUGGGAUACUUCCACCGCAAAUUACUGGAUCUAGCAAGUUGCCUAAAAAAUUAUGUACCAGAGAUCGAAAUGAAGAAUUAAUGGUGAAUAAUUCACGUAAAAUGAAUGAAAUCGAUAAAAUGCUAACAUUAUUAUUGGAAAAUUCGAAUUUCAAUGAAACAUAUAAACAGAAAAUUUUUCAUGCAACGCUUAUGGAACCUUUUGUUUAUUAUAUUUUCCAGCAAGUCAUAUGUGGAAGUAUAGUCGUUUCAAUUAUAGAAGGAGCUUCAUUAGUUAUGGCAUCAAAGCUUUGUGGUGUGCCUAUAAACAGUUUUAAUUUCUAUGUUCAAAAAAUUAGAUAUAAUCUCCAAUUGUCUAGUUCACUGAAUAAAAUAUCGCAAAAAGAAAAUAUGAUCGUUGCGAAAUGUGAUUCCACUAGAGCAAAUAUAUCCGUUGAAAAUUUCAAAAUGAUAGAAACACCUUCAAACUCUUCAUCUACACCUAUCGAAAGGACAUUUUUAUUAUCUACUGCAAACACAGAUACAAUUUUUCGUUCAAAAAAAAUAGGCCAGUUGAUCAAAAGAAAAAAUAUUAUGAAUGAGCUUCGACCAUCAAAUUCUGAUAGCUGUUCAUCGCCACCUUAUGAAUUCGUUUGUAAAAAUAAUCAACAUCCAGUAGAUGAUGAAUAUGAGCUAUUUCAAAAUGUUGCUCAUUAUAUGUGCGAGGACAAAUUUGAUGAAAUUACAUCCAUGGAUAUCAAUAUUCAGCCAAGAUUGAAGGAAAAGAUAUAUGUGAUUCUUCGCUACUAUAAUUAUACUGGCAACCAUGACGAUAUGUGCAAUGCUUUAUUAGAAGUUUUCGUCGAACGGAAAAAUUGUGAUGAGGCAUCUUCUUCUAAAACAUUUUCUUCGAGAACUCUGAGUACAUAUGUCCGCCUUGUAAAAGCUCUGCUCAUUGCGGUGAAUAAAGAGUUAUCUGAUGAGCAAUCUUUAAAGUUACAAAUAUGUGAAACAGAUAUGGAUGAAAUGAUGAAAGAUAAUGACAUUAUGCUUAUUCAUUCUAAAUCGAUUCUCAAUUCUUUGGAACAUUCUAUAAAAUUAAUUAUCUCUUAUCUGGUCGAACAUCGCUGUCAUCAAUCUCAAGAUUUACAAGAAAAAAGGCAGCGCCACGCUUUAUCAUUCGAGAAAAAGAUUCUAAAACACCAGAAAAUACUGGACAUUCUAACAAAUUCACUAAGUGAAAAAGAUUUUCGGAAGAAAUCUACUACGCCAUCCUCGAAAUUAAAUGCGAUCAACUUCCCAAUUGAGAAUCGCCUAAUCAUUGGUCUUGCCAAAGAAAUUUGUUCCAAAUUGUUCAUUUUCCCGGAAAAAAUGAAUAUUCCGGAUACAGUUUGGAAUGAAUGGGCGACUCUUUAUCGACAGCUCCACCCUGAACCAUAUUCUAUGCAUAAUAUUACAUUAUCAUUAUGCAUAAAAAGUACAACACGUCAUGCAUUACAGAAAGCUGCCCUGAUGAGGAGAGAAGCAAAUAAAUAA